AUGGCAGAAGAAUUUCAAGAAUCUGAAGUCAUAUUUCAAGAAAAUUUCGAAUAUGAAGACUUCGAGGAGUACAGCAAUGUUCAAGUUCAUUUGAAUUCCCGAGAAUUCCCAAGAAUAACAAAGGGCAGAAGGAAGAAGUUGAAGAACAAGAAGAAUUCAGUUCCGGUGAAUAUACCGGAAAAUGCGAAUGGCAAUUCUUGGUUUCAAUGUGUGGAUUCUGACUUUUUCGAUGAAAAUAUUGGCGAUGACGGAGAAAUGGUCCCACCCCACAUCAUUAUCGGACGGCGUCUCGCCGGGAAAAUGCUGGCGUUUUCAGUCUGCGCCGGGAUUAAUGGGAAGAGACUUAAAGGAAGGAAUUUGUUGGAAGUCCGAAAUUCAAUUCUCAGGAUGACAGGAUUUCUUGAAACAUGA